UAACACUAUUCCAUCGAUUUUUCGUUGAAACUAGACGUGUUUUAUUUAUAUUGUCGUAACAAAGCAGUCAAAGAAUUAAGUAUCUGAGAUAUUUUUCGUGUUAGGGCAGUUAGUAGGACUGUCUAGACCUGCAGUGACAUUUAAUAAUAUUUGGCAGUAGCUAUCAAGGACCGAAUAUUAGGGAUAGAAAUUGUGUUCCCAAAGAAAAAAAUAGGACGGUCGUCGGAGAAAUAUCAGCAACGCAAUAGCAAAAAGACAAAGGUAAGUUCAGGUAAAAAAAAAGCAUACAACACGCGACCUUUAGUGAAAGAGGGCUGCGACGAAAUAUCAUGUCCGACGCAAUGAGUGCGCCGCCACCUUUGAUUCCCCAGCUGCAGGAAAUGCAGCAGCAGCAGCAACAACAACAACAACAACAGCAACAGCAGGCUAACAACCCCUCCAACCUUGCCCAGCAAUGGAGCAACUACGCCUGGUAUGCGAACCAAAAUGCAGCCGCCUACCAGCAGCAGUAUCAACACUACUAUCAGUACUACAUGCGCUACCAACAACAACAGCAACAACAGGUAACAUCGACGAUCAGCGCCUCGAAUGCGCCGCCCGGAUUUAGCAAUGCACUUGCGGCACCGCCGCCAUUGCCUAGUGGUCCACCACCACCGCCGCCACCAAAAAUGCCUCAGGGUUCAGGAGGUAACAAGCAACAGCAACAGCAGCAACAACAACAACAGCAGCAGCAGCAACAACAGCAGCAAAAGAAUUUUGGAGGAAUUCGUUUUAAUUUGAAUCUAAACCAGAAGCGUUUGGCCAAUGCUCCAAAUCCUCUACAACUAGAACAGCAACAACAACAGCAACAAAACCAACAGAAUCAUCAACAAAAUCAACAGAAUCAUCAACAAUUACAGCAACAACAACAACAACAACAGCAGCAUCAGCAAAUGCAGCAACAGGGUAUGCAAAUGUACAACAAUAACACCAACAACAACAAUAACAAAAAGAAGCGCAAGAGAAACAACAAAAACAAGAACUUUGAACAAACACCAUACACCAAUCCGUUUAGCAACCAAGUGCCGCCCGUACCACCACCACCACCCAUCAUUACCGCCGCUGAUGUGGGAGUGCCAGCUACACCAGAUUUGAGUAAGCCACCACCGCCGCUACCCCUAGCUUUAGUGGCUCCCACUGAGCCGCCACAGAUGAAAGAACUGCCCCCUCCGGCUGCUCCCCAACCGGCUGCGUCUAACUUUAAGCGGCCCAACAGCUUCCAAAUGGCCUCCAACGAUUCGUGGCCCGAUUCUCUAAAUCAGUAUGUGGCCCGUUGCUAUUCCAAGUGCAACACGGACCUCGACAAGGAUCAGAUUGAUAUUUGCCUCAAGGGCAAGAUUAUAGCAGCAGCGAAUCGUAAUGAAUUAUGGACUAGGGACUGGGACAACGAGCCCAUGCCCACGGUGUACAGUGAGCGGGAUGGUAUCGAUGUGGUGCUGAACAAUGCCACGCCGCCGGCGCCUCAGCGGAGCAAUUACUUCCACAAAAAAUUAGAGCAGGAGAAGGAGAAAGAGCGAGAGCGUGAGCAGGAUAAGUCGCCAGUCAAGGGUUCUGGCAUUGUGAAUCAGUUCAAGCAAAAGGGCAAUCUAUUCAACAAGUCCUCUUCGAGCUACGGUUCUCACAAUCAUCAGUCAUCGUCGCGAUACUCCAGGAGUCGUUCGCGGUCGCCGGCAUCGUCUAGCUCUUCAAAAUAUAAGAAGCGGUAUUCGCGAUCACGUUCGUAUUCGCGUUCCCGGUCCCGUUCCCCUCGAUCCCGUUCGUGCUCUCGUAGCAGCGGCAAUGGCAGCCCGCCAGCGCGUAAGGUUAGCCGCAAGUCGGGCUUAAACGAUUCUAUGGACUUUAUACCGCUUUCGGCGAACCUUUCGCGUAAGCAACAAAAAAUGCUUAUGAAGAAGGGCAAGAGGGCUGCUGCUGCAGCAGCAGCAGCGACAUCGAAUUCAGCAAACUCCGGUCAGGCAAAGAAAAAGGUGCCACACUUCUAUUCCAACCAGUCGUCCGUGGGCGGAGCCGUUGAUGAUGACACAGCGCGCUUGCAACAGCGAGCGGCACGUUUCUCGCAGCAGAGCUCCGGCUCAGCCAAGAAAUCUGUCGUCGCCAUUGCAAGCUCACCGUUUGGUCUCACCACGGCCAAAAACAAAAAGAAGAUGCAACAGAACUAUCAACGCCCAUCCUUCUAUGAGGACUCCGAUCCGUCUGGCGGUAUAGAUCUACUCGAUUUGCAUAUUGUAGGAACUUGUAGGGACCUUGAAAAAUCAUUUUUGCGUCUUACCAAGGCGCCGUCUCCAUCGGAAGUGCGACCAGUCGAGGUGCUAACGCACUCGUUGGCCAAUGUGAAGAGCAAGUGGCGUGCCAAUCACGAUUAUCAUUAUGCGUGUGAUCAGCUGAAAUCCAUAAGGCAGGAUCUGACGGUCCAAGGUAUUCGGGAUCAGUUUACGGUAGAGGUCUAUGAAACACACGCCCGGAUUGCCAUGGAGAAGGGUGACCACGAAGAGUUUAAUCAGUGUCAGACGCAACUUAAGAUGCUGUAUUCAGAGCUGGGCAAGAGCGCCAAUUCCCUGGAGUUUACAGCCUACCGUAUACUGUACUACAUAUUCACAAAGAAUACUUUGGAUAUCACUACUGUCCUGCGUUCGAUUACGGCUGAUCAACGCGAGAAUCCUGCCAUUGCGCACGCCCUUCAGUUUCGCUCGGCGUGGUCGUUGGGCAACUAUUGCAAACUAUUUGAACUAUAUAAGUCGUCUCCUCUUAUGUCCGGUCAUAUGAUUGAGUGGUUCCUGGAGAGGGAGCGCAAGGCUGCCCUUCGUGUUAUAAUUAAGUCCUAUCGUCCCAAUAUUAGCAUUGAUUAUAUCAACAAUAUUCUGGCGUUUAAUAACAAAGAAAAAUGCAAAGAAUGGCUCGAUACCUUCAGUUUACCUUAUGCGGCGAAUGGUGCCCAAAUUGAUUGUAAAAACGCCGCAGCCAUUACCAUUUAAAGUGAUAUGAGAACAAAAAAGGCAAAAACCCCACUGAGAGAAUGAUUCUGACUCAGUACCACUUCUUUCCGAAUUUUCGGAAUGCGGAUACACCUUUUCCCCUGUCCCAUUCUACACAUAUUUGUACAUAUUUAUAUAGAUCUAGGUAGUUUUCGCGUAUUCCCUGCGAUAGUUUGUGUAGGAAUUGGUUUAGAUAUCCCUUUGUCCAUUCGGUUUUUUAAAUUCCUCGCUACAGUUAAGGAUCAUCGUCUUCGAAUGUCGUUUCUCUACAAGGAAAUAUAGAUCGGAAUAGCAAAAAAUAGUGGAUCAUCCAAACAACAUUGCUCUUUAAUUUAAAGUGGAUUUGGAAAUUUCCCUUGGACUUCAUGGAAAGGAAAAAUGCUGUGGAUUAUGGAAAACUUCGGCUUGGAUUGGAAGACCUUUAUCUUAUUAAAACCCACUUCUAAAUUGUUACAAUUUAAAGGAUUCAUCUGAGAAC